AAAUGUUUAUGAAGAGGACAAAAAUCAAACUUCGCAAAACGGUGUGUUCUGGUUUCCGCUGGUUCUAGAAACACCCACACCAUAAGUCGCCGUGCGAACGCCACCGUAUCAAGAAAGCUCACACGUAUUUCUACUGCGGCAAAGAAUCCCAUUUUCUGGUUCCUGCUGAUCCAAACAGGUCCUUCAAAGCGAACCUUCCAGAGAUGGUGGUUAUAGAGCAGGAAGAGAGCGAGCAACGAAAUGCGAGUCCCUCCAACGCCGCCGGCGCUGCCAACGACGCUUCCGAUGGCUUCGAAACGGCCAGCGAGGCUGAUCUCGCCAGUGAUGAUGACGGUGGAGAUGGUGGAGCAGCCAGACAACAGGAGCAGAAACACCCCGAGGAACACCAACGGCAGCAGCAGACUGAGCAACAACCUGAACACAAUGUUCCUCAGAGCACCACUGAAUCCUCGGAGAAUGCCUUGAUCACUGAAGAGUCCCCCGAGAAGGCCUUGAUCACUGAAGAGUCCCCCGAGAAUGCCUUGAUCAACGAAGAGGAAUCGAGACAGAAAGCAUUGGAUCAUGCAAAUGAAGCAAAGUUAGAAGGCAACAAGCUUUUUGUAGAUGGGAAGUAUGAAGAGGCGUUAUCACAGUAUGAAGUUGCUCUACAAGUAGCACCAGACACACCUUCAUCUGUGGACAUACGGUCAAUAUGCCAUUCGAACCGUGGUGUGUGCUUUCUGAAAUUGGGAAAAUAUGAUGACACAAUUAAGGAAUGCACAAAAGCAUUAGAACUGAAUCCUGUGUACGUUAAGGCUUUUGUGAGAAGAGGAGAAGCUCAUGAAAAGCUCGAGCAUUUUGAAGAGGCUAUUGCUGAUAUGAAAAAGAUCUUGGAAAUUGAUCCCUCAAAUGAUCAAGCUAGGAAAACUAUUCGACGCCUAGAGCCACUUGCUGCAGAAAAACGGGAAAAAAUGAAGGAGGAAAUGAUUGCAAAACUGAAAGAUAUGGGCAAUUCUGUCCUGGGCCGCUUUGGGAUGAGUGUGGACAACUUUAAAGCUGUCAAAGAUCCAAACACUGGUUCCUAUUCUAUCUCAUUCCAACGGUAAUUUGUGUAUAGCAAAGUCAUAGCAACAGUGAGCAUGAAGGAGGUGGUCUUUAGUGAUACAGGUAAUGUUGGAAUUCUGAAUGAAGUAUGAACGAAGUUGCGCAUUGUUGGAUGGAUGUCCGGGUGUAUUAGUCGUGUGGAAAUUCACUCAUGAAAUUUGAUUGGCAUUUGUGAACUUAUUUGGGUUGUACAAUGCUUUUUUAUCAUUGGGUCAUUCUGCACAAGUUUAGCUACUUAAUAUGAUUCACGUUUUAGCAAUUUUAAUUUUAAUGUAGGCCCCUGAUCUAUGGCUGGGACUUCGAUGUUAAGUUUUGGAACUAAUAUAUGUGAUUGUCAACACUUCCACAGCA